GCCGGCAGACGGCAGUAUGGCCGCUAGUCUUGAGAGUCGCAGUAAGUGACAGUUGAUAUCCCAUAAUCAAUCUCCCGUAACAACCGAAGAAUUAAAAAAAACCACAUAAAUGUGCCGAAUAAAAAUGAUUUAGACUGUUCAGUGAAUCGUUACAGUUGACUAUUCAAGAUGAUUAAGGAGAUGGCCGAUGAUGAGGCCACACAGGCGACUAAUGAUGAUGCAAGUGAGUGUAAAAGAUACGCUGUGCAACUAGGUUACUGGUCGGAUCCUUUUAUUAACUUUUUCGUAAGGCAAACAGCGCGAAAACCACCAGAAAUCAAUCGUGGAUAUUAUGCCAGGGUUAAAGGGAUCGAGGUGUUCAUCGAUAAAUUCCUGAAGUUCUCUGGAGGAAAAGGACAGAUAAUAAAUCUCGGUGGUGGAUUUGACACACUCUACUGGAGACUGAGAGAUGCUGGAUGCAGUCCCCAGAAUUACGUUGAGCUCGAUUUUCCAAAUAUAACAGCAAAAAAAUGUUAUCACAUUAAAAAGCACAAGCAGCUUAUUGACAAAAUCAACACAGAAGAUGGUGAAAUAAAAUUUUCUACCACGGAUUUUCAUGCUGCUAAUUACCAUCUCAUUGGAGUAGAUCUACGACACAUAUCAGAACUGUCAAAUAAGCUGGUACAGGCUGAAGUUGACUUCAAUAUUCCAACGUUAUUUCUCGCUGAGUGUGUACUUGUUUACGUAGAUAGUAAUGCGGCGUCUGCUCUGUUGAAAUGGUUUGCCGAAAAAUUUCCCAAUAGUAUUUUUGUUAAUUACGAGCAAGUUAACAUGCGUGAUAAAUUUGGCCAAGUAAUGCUGCAGAAUUUGAGAUGCAGAGGAUGUUUAUUAGCUGGAGUCGAAGACUGUGAAUCGUUAGAGACUCAACAAAGGCGCUUUACCAUAAAUGGCUGGCAGGGUUCCAAUGCCUGGACAAUGGUGGAGGUAUACGACUCACUGCCAGAGUCUGAGAGAAAGAGGAUUGAGCGUAUUGAAAUGCUUGAUGAGAGGGAACUACUCACCCAACUCCUUCAGCACUACUGUAUCGCUGUCGCUUGGAAUGGCACGAUGUUCAAGGAGCUUUCCAUUGCACAGGGUUAAAUGUUAUACGAAAAGAAUGAAAAUCUCAAUCGAGUUACUCCAGGUAGUGAAUUAAGAAGAAAAAAAAACUAAUGCGCCAAUUUCCAUUCAAUCAGGUAACGAGACGAUUAAUUACUCUUCUAUUUUUUUUGUUCCCCACCAAUUGUGAUAACGAUGGGUUCUAUCAUUGCGAAGUGAGAAAAAUAUGUAUAUUGUAUAGAUAUAUUCAGACAGACUGAGAUAAAUGCGUAGACAUUUGUAGGAAAGAAGAUGAAAACCCCAUUUUAGGAAUCGGAUUGUUUUUGGGAUUGAAGGGGAAUGGUCACACCAGAAAAAAAAAAUUAUUCUGUUCUUCGAGGAGAACUUUUGCAAUGUCUUCUUUCUCCCACGUUUUUUAAAAGAAUCGAUUGUUGUAAAGCGAGUAAAUUUUUAAAUUAUUUUUUUAAUGAGCUUAGCAAGUUUCGGUUGUUGGAGAUGAAGAGAUGUGAAAAAGUGUAUUUUCACGUUCAGUUGGCAUCUAAACAAAGUUGUUUAUUCUCGAUAAGUCGAUGUUAUCCGAAAAAUUUUCACAAGAAUAUCCACUGAAUGAGUUCUUGAGGAAAAAUGAUGCAAAGGAGGGUACUUAAAAAAAUUUACUUCGAAAAAUGGAUGAGUUUAUUUCAAUGUGAUUUGAAGGUCUGCUGCUGUGAGUUCUGCACUCGCUAAUUAAAAUUUCCUAUUCAUUUUUUUCUCAUUUCCGUUGUAUUUCCAAUUUUUCUGUGAUGAAAUGUGAAAAGUCUAGUGGCUGUAGGUCUCGAGAGCCUAUGAAAAGGCGCGUAUCGCCUCAGGAAAUCGUUGAAAUAUCUUUUAAAAAGAUUCUUAAUGCGUUGUGAACAAAUAGCAACGAAGAAAUUACUUAAAAUGAAAGUAGAAAGAAAAAAAAUGCAGUGACUAAACUGAUUUAUGAUUAUUAACACUGUAUUGGGUAGUUUUGAAUUCGUACAAUAAAUCUUACGAUGAGAUGAGAGAAUUCUAACUUAUAAAAAAUUUAUAAUUUGACUGCCAUUUGUAUUCGCAAAGUGAUUCUCCAGUUUUUCCAUUAAAAUCCUAAUAUUUUCGAUAGUUAAAACUCUAAGUAUUAAUAAUAUAUUCAGUCAUUAUUGCUUUGCGCUGAUUUUUCAUCGAUACAGCUUUCGUCGAACAUGAAAAAUCAUGUUAUUAUUUCCAUACUUCGGGAGAACUAGGAUUCUGAAUUCAUUAUAAACGUAUGAUUAAUUUCGUCACCCUAGUCCAUAUGAAAUCACGUAUGAUUCAUUGAAUUAUCUUCAUAAAUUACAAUGGACACACCUGGAGUAACAAAACCUAAACCAAAAUUCCGAUAUAUUUUCUCAAAAAAUGAAGAUUAACGUCAACUCUUUUCGCUAUAUUCUCAAAUAUUUGUAACUCUGGAUUUAUCUUCAUGUAGUAAGACUGUUAUACUUUCCUCACUCUUUCGUUGUAUGAAAAAACGCGCAAUUGUUCAUUAAUGUCGUAAACACACACGUCCACUUUGACAUUCGAGUAUCAAACCCCACGGACAUUAAUUUUCAAGAGAGGCGUUAUCGCUCAAAAAUAAAAAAUAAAUUAUUGACGUAAUUGAGUCAUAUUUAAUUCAGAUGUGAAAAAUGAAAAAAACUAAUUGAAUCAACGAAGUUGCACAUGAAUAUAUUUUUCUUUAAUCCUUGCACCAAAGAAUAGCUGCUGUCUGACAAUACCAUCGAAUUAAAUCCUCCAAUGGUUCGAGGUGUUCUCUGAUUUGUGAAAGCAAUUUGAAUAAUUGUAUGAAUAUAAAUAUUCUGCAUCAAAUUGAAUAAUUGAUGAAUAUUUUGUAUUUACUACAACCUUUCUCGUGAAAUCUCUUGAAAAUUAAAGAAAAGCAUUCCGAUUGAGUUGCAGUAGAAUCUAAUGCAGACGGCAGAUCACUUGUCAAUCGAGUGUUCGAUGAAAAAUAUAUUGGGGGAGUCCAAAAUUAGAGCUAUAAUUUUUUCUUAAUUGUAUGAAUUCCUCGGCGAAAUAAUCUGCAUGAUUCUUUAUCUUAUAAACUAAUUCUUGAAAACAACCAAUAUCUGUAAACGCUACAUAUAACGAUGGAAAAAGUGGAAGUGUAUAGAGAUUUCGUGUGCUUCCAUGUCAGUAUAGAUAUUAACAGGAUGAUCAAAGAGUUAGGUCUUGUAAGGUUUUACGUUUGUGAUGGUAAUUCCGACAUGUGACACAACAAUUCCCAACAUUAAUUUGUGCAAUUGCUGAAGGGUCAUUUUGGGUUAACAGUGGAUAUUGUCGAUAUUUCAAUAAGCAAAAUAAAUUAGGUAUUUUCAUGAACAGCUUAUUUUUCUCUUGUAAUCAGUCAUAAUUAGUGUUAAGAGAUUUACGUCUUUGAACAUCAUGUACAGCUCUGUUAUUCAAACAAUUAUUUUAUUAUUCUGUGAGGGAAAAACAAAGAAAAUGGAGCAAUGUAAUAAAGACUAUCGAAUUCAAGAAAAUUAUUUUAUUGUUCUGACUGUUAGACUUCCCCUAUUUUUGAAGGAAAUCUUGAUAAUUUUUCAACAAAAAUUGCAUUGAUUGAUUGCCUUAAUUACGCAAGUACUAAUAGUUAUAAUACACCUCUAGAUAAUUUAGGAAUUCAAGAAGAAUUACAUUACUCAUAUUAGUUGAUAACAAUUUACAAAACCUAUACAGCUACAAUAACUUUCUUUUAGAAAUAUCUGUCAAUAGUUUGCUCAGAAAAAUCCUCUGAGUAAUCUAACUCGAAAAAUUGCACAAAUAAUAUAAAAAUUUUCUAAAAA